AUGACUACGUGCCGUCUGCUGUGCGCCCUGUUGGUGCUCGCCCUGUGCUGCUGCUUAUCCGUGUGCGUGACAGCGAAUGGUGAUGAUUCCGAGACCACAACGACAACCACGACGACAAAGCCACCAACCACGACUACAACCACGACAACAAAGCCACCAACGACGACUACAACCACGACGACAAAGCCACCAACGACGACUACAACCACGACAACAAAGCCGCCAACGACAACUACAACCACGACGACAAAGCCGCCAACGACGACUACAACCACGACAACAAAGCCGCCAACGACGACUACAACCACGACGACAAAGCCGCCAACGACGACUACAACCACGACGACAAAGCCACCAACGACGACUACAAACACGACGACAAAGCCACCAACGACGACUACUACUACGACAGAGGCACCAACUAUUACGACGACAGAGGCACCAACUACGAAGACCACCCGCGUACCGUCACGUAUUCGCAGAAUUGACGGCAGCCUCGGCAGCUCUGCGUGGGUGUGUGCCCCGCUUGUGCUUGCCGUAUCCGCGCUGGCGUACACCACUCUGGGCUGA